AAAACGGAACGUCGUUUUUGUCGUCCUCAUACACAAAGUCACAAAGCAUUAUACUCUCUGGAACGCCAACAGCAGAGUCUGUUAUCUCACUGCGAUUCUUCUGCUGGCGACCUUUCUCGGCUCUCUCUCGUCUUCUUCUGCUCCAUCCAUUCUCAGGUUCUCAAUGGCGGCCACGAUCGCCUUUAACGCCGUCGGAGCUCCGGCGCGCCUCUCCCGCCAAUUGUCUCACCCGAGCCGCCGUCUCUAUCCGCUUCUCGCCGGACUCCGACUCCGUCAGGCCGUCCCGGCGCGAUACUCGAGCUCAGUAUCUUCGUCCUCUGGCUCAGGAAUUAGGGCUCAUUCUGUCGCCGUGGAGUCACUGAGCGCUGCUGCAGCUCCGAAAGUGGAGGCUCCUGUGGUUAUUGUCACCGGAGCUUCUAGAGGAAUUGGCAAGGCUGUUGCCCUCGCUUUCGGAAAAUCUGGUUGUAAGGUGCUUGUAAACUAUGCAAGGUCAUAUAAGGAAGCCGAACAAGUUUCCAAGGAGAUUGAGGAAUCUGGUGGUCAAGCUCUGACGUUUGGGGGUGAUGUUUCAAAGGAAGAAGAUGUAGCAGCAAUGAUUAAAACUGUGGUUGAUGUGUGGGGAACAGUUGAUGUCUUGGUUAACAAUGCAGGAAUAACACGGGAUGGCUUGUUGAUGAGAAUGAAAAAAUCCCAAUGGCAGGAGGUUAUUGAUUUGAAUCUUACUGGUGUAUUUUUAUGCACACAGGCUGCAGCCAAAGUUAUGAUGAAACAAAGAAAGGGAAGAAUUAUCAAUAUAGCAUCUGUUGUUGGUCUUGUUGGCAAUGUUGGACAAGCCAACUACAGCGCUGCAAAAGCAGGGGUAAUUGGCUUCACAAAGAGUGUUGCAAAGGAAUAUUCAAGCAGGAACAUCAAUGUCAAUGCUGUAGCUCCUGGAUUUAUUGCGUCUGAUAUGACUGCCAAGCUGGGAGAAGACAUAGAAAAGAAAAUCAUUGGGUCCAUCCCCUUAGGGCGAUAUGGUCAACCUGAAGAAGUUGCUGGACUGGUGGAAUUCCUGGCUCUUAAUCCUGCUGCUGGUUACAUUACUGGACAGGUGUUGACCAUUGAUGGAGGAAUGGUGAUGUGAUAAGCUGAGACCGGCACCCCGAUGCAGAUAGUUUAGAAUGAAGAAGAGCUUUGUUUGAAUUCCAUAGUUUCUACCAGUAACUGAAUACAAAGUAGAAAGGUUACUGUAGUUUUCUUUUGGUUUAGACAACGUAAAAGGGCUGUUAAUAUUUUUUCUCUAACCACUUACGAACCACGCAAAUGAACAGAAUUUAAUAGAUCUUAUUUUGUGUAAUAUGAAGUUGGGGUUGGACAUUCAUUGAAAAUCUAUAUGCUUAUAUGA